AUGGCCAACUUCAGCAAGCCCGCGGGUCUUUUGACUGUGCUCUUCACCCUCUUCGCCCUCAUUCAAUUCACCGCUGCCUUCCAGCAUGGCUCCUCUCAUCAUCAGCAUCUCGCUCGUGACGACGCCGAAAUCCUGGCCCGCAUCGACAAGCUUAGUCAGGAGGUUCAAAAGCGCCAGUCUCAAGCCUACAUAGUCAUCACCGGUGUAUGCAGUACCGGUUGGAAUAACGAGGCCAAGUGCAAUCCCGGUAGCCAAGCCGCUCCUCGUUUGGAGGUACGCGAAAUGGCGCGCAACAGCGAUCAAUUCAACUUGUUCCUGCUCGGCAUGGAGAGGUUCCAGGCCAAGGACAAGAAUGACCCUUUGUCGUAUUACAAAGUUGCCAGUGUUCACGGCCGUCCUUUCGUAACCUACAACAACUUCCCUACACCUCUCUUGAACCAGGCCGGUUUCUGCCCUCACGCCGCCACUAUUUUCGCUCCAUGGCAUAGGCCCUUUGUUGCUCUCUUCGAGCAAGCCUUGUACCUUUGCGUACUUGAAGUCAUUGCCGAGUUCCCUUCCAAUCAGCAGCAGCAUUUGAGGGAGGUCGCCUCUACAUUGCGUCUUCCAUACUGGGAUUGGGCCUCCACUCGCAACGACCGCUCCGUCGCUAGCAUGCUUACGGAUCAAUUCGUUGGCGUCACCAAGGCCCAAGGACCUGUUCGAAUUGUCAAUCCGCUUUACAAGUACAACAUGGGUACCUAUCCAACCGAACUGGGCCCUGGACCAUGGAACAGUUUCCCCGAGACUCUUCGUCGCCCGCUCGGCAACCCCACUCGCAGUAACAACAACGAAAUGGUGGCUCGCUUCGAGUCUGCGCGCACUUCUAUGGCCAACCGUGUCUUUGACUUGUUCGCCAGCAAAGCUUCUUGGGGCGAUGUCACUUCUGCAGGUAUCGGUGUGCGCACUCAAUCGAGCGGUGGUGGCGUGGACAGUUUCGAGUCUCUGCACGAUCUUGUUCACAAUAUCGCUGGUGGUGAAUCUGGUGGUACCAUGUAUUACCUUGAUCGCUCUGCUUUCGACCCCAUGUUUUGGCUGCAUCAUUGCAACAUUGAUCGAUUGGUUGACAUGUAUCACUACGUUUCUCCCAAUACCUGGAUGUCUCCCGGCAACAUCAGAUUCCCCAUGGCGCAAUGGAACCAGGGUGAACCCAAGAACCAAUACACUCCUUUGAAGCCCUGGACCAAGGAUACCCGCGGCACUUACUUUACUGCUAUGGAUCUCAAGGAUACGCGUGUAUUCAACUACUACUACCCCGAGACCAGCGACCGUUCCGCCCAGCAAGUAAUCCAAGCUGUCAACAGGCUAUACGGUUCAAACGGUAGGUCCCUUAGCAAGCGUGAUGGUGCUGCUGCUUUCGGCCCUACUGGUCAAUAUCUCGGACGCGACAUUGUGGAGGGUGACUACCACACUGUCCUUUCUAUUAUCGCUGACAAGUACGCGAUGACUGGAUCCUACACCAUCCAUUGCUUCGUCGGAAAGCCCGAAAGCAACUCCACUGCACCUUAUCCUCUUGCGAACUCUACUUCGCCCCGCCCGGUUGGAAGCUCUACUGCAUCUGCCACUUCGCCUCUCAGCACUGGAACAGCUCCUUACAGCAACAACACUGACGCCGACUACGACCCGUCUACCGAUUUCACUCAAUGGUCUAGCUAUGUUGGUUCUUUUGGUGUCCUCGGUGCGUCAAUGAAGGGUGGUGCCAACUCUUCCCAACCCGUCAUGAUUGAGGGUUCCCUUCCUUUGACCACGUGCCUUCAAGGCAAGGAAGCCAAGGGUGAACUUGAAUCUCUACGUCCCGAGCACGUUGGACCUUACCUAAAGGAAAACCUUUACUACAAGGUCGUUGGUCUAGAUGGCGAAAUUGACCCGGACACCAUCCCCAACUUCCACGUCAGCGUCAGGUCCAACCCAGCCAAGCCCGCAGCCUCCCCAGAUGAGCUCCCCGAUUUGAGUGCACCUGCCGAGACUCUCCAUGAAGCUACUGCACACCUACCCGCUGGAAAGCCAUUUACGUACAUCCCCAGCGCCAUCGACAUCCCGCUGCCCGAUACAUCGGAAUACAUGCAGCCUAGCAGCGAUGGCACACACCCCAAGAGCCCCAGCAACGGUGUCUUCCCUUACCCAUCUAUGCCUUGGGAGGAGAAUGGCUACUGUGUCAGUGAACAAACGAUUGAGUAUGUUGACCCGCAAGGCAACUUCCUCUACUCUUCCAUGUAAGGUAGUUCCUGCCCAAGUGGGAAAUGAUGGGAUAGAAGGGGAAGAUGAGUUGUGCUUGUGUGUACGAAGGAUCCUUUUACAUAAUACCUUUUCGCAAUGUAUAUUUGAUACGAGAAUUUUGUUUCCUUUUUUACACAGUGUCAUUGGUAUAUCCCAAGGUUUAAGCAGGAAUGUCAGCAUCUCUUAGCGUCGCAAUUGUAUCUCAUUUUGCAAUCCUUGGGAGUAUGAGUCGCGUGGAUUGACAAGCCUGCACUUUGGGUGAGUAGGCUUCGCAAGUUGUUUCAGUUGAUGCUAGUAGUUACACCUAUGUCUAUGGAGUAUCUAGGUGAUGUCCUUGGUCGAACUUACGUAGUGCCUAAAUAUAAGC